CGCUUCGAAUUUGUUGAAGAUAACACUAAUCCGUGAUAACUUGUCAAUAUCACUUGCUCGUAUUAAUUUUUAUAUUAGUACCCAAAGGUCUUUGUUCUGGAAUGCGCGUUCUGCUGUUCUAGGGGAUAAAUAACAAUUAACAGGAAAGUUCCCAAUUACUUCAAGAUGUCGAUACGUCCAUUGAAUCCGCAGUUGGCGGAAAAAGCCAAGAAGGAGUUGUUUGAAGAUCCAAGCAGGAUAGCAGCUGAUGUCCAACACCUCAAGGAAUGGAUAGCGAAACAACCCCACUUACGUGCUCGAACAGAUGAUCAGUGGCUGGUAACUUUUCUACGAGGCUGCAAAUACAGCUUAGAAAGAACGAAAGAAAAGUUUGAUUUGUAUUACUCCGUGCGUUCUACAGCACCUGAACUAUUCAGAAUCCAUAUCAACCAUGCUAUGUUUGAUGAAAUCCUUAGCCUAGGGUCAAUGCUAAUACUGCCGAAACUAGCUGCUCCGGAUGCGCCAAGAGUGAGCAUCAUUCGUCCGGCCACAUAUGACCCCGACAAGUACAGCAUCGUAGACAUUAUGGCUGUUUCACAUGUCCUACAACAGAUAGUAUUCAUGGAAGACGACAAUGCAGUCGUGGCUGGAGUUGUGUCUAUACUUGAUCUGGAUGCAGUUAAAAUGGGUCAUUUCCUACAAAUGACGCCAAACCUUAUGAAAAGAAUGGUGGUCACCUCACAGGACGCUACUCCAGUUCGUAUGAAGGGAACGCAUUAUAUUAACACUCCGGCAGGUUUUGAGACCAUAUACAACGCAAUCAAAAAUCUAUUAAACGAGAAAAAUAGAAAUAGGCUCUACGUUCACAACAAAAAUUAUGAUGAAAUGUACAAAUACAUCCCUCAAGACAUACUACCUGAAGAGUACGGCGGCACUGGCGGCACCAUCCCAGAAAUUAUUGACUACUGGAAGAAGAAGGUACAAGAAUACAGAGUGUUUUUAGAAGAGGACCAGACAUUUGGUACAGAUGAAUCAAAGCGGCCAGGAAAACCCAAAACAGCAGAGGAUAUGUUUGGCGUGGAGGGGUCUUUUAGACAGCUUCAGUUUGACUAACAUUAUAAAAUUUUACUACAUUUGGUUUUACUUAUAAAAUAUUCUUUUUUAUUUUUAUAAUUUCAUUUUUUUCGAAUAUACCUCUUUUGUUGUAAG